CUAUUGCUAAGUUUAAAACCGUUGGUGGUGUAAACAUGGUUUGUUGGAAAAGUCUAACCCCUAACCUCCCUCCGUCAGACGGCCUCGAGUCCAGCCCAGACACCAGGCAGCAGUGGCGCUUCUAUGGCUACCUGACCGGCUACCUGACCUGCAUCACGGGCCAUCGCUGUGGGGUCUUCCAGAACCUGACCAUCCAGGAGGUCCAAGAGGCUUCCAGAAGCCCGGACGAGUCCGCCUAUGUCAUAAACAUCACCACGCACAAGACAAACCGAGCCUUCGGCGCGGCUCAGCUGUCUCUCAACAAGGAAGAAUACAGCUGGUUCCGGAGGUUUUUGCAGCUGCGGGCUAGCCUCCCCGGGGGGAGCCAGGCCUCCUAUUUUUUUUUUACUUCCAGACCCAGUCCCUGUCGAACCCUGAACAAAUAUUUUCAAUCUGCAUGGACCAGCAUGGGGCUUCCCGGCAAGCCCACCUUCACUGACGUCCGAACUGCCAUCGCGACCCACGCAAAGAAUUCACAUUCUUCCGAGGAUCGCAGGAAGGUGGCCCAAUUCAUGUGCCACGAUACCUCAACCUCAGACAAGUUCUACGCGCUUCACCUAGGCCCUCUCCAAGCACGUGAGCACCGCAGACUCUUCGAGAGGGCCUUGGUGGAGGAGGAGGAGGAGGAGGAGGAGGAGGAGGCAGCGGGCAGAGAACGCCACUCAAGGAAGGGGCGCCAGAGGGCAGAGAGUCCCGGGUCACCCAUGGAGGGAACUAGCAGGAGGACGCUGCCAUGGCCGCCUUCGAAGGGGAAACGCCCCCUCGAAGCAACAGAAGACUCUGAAUCUUCCUAAAUAAAAAUUGAACAAUAAAGGUCAUAUGGUGUUCAGUGUCUUUAUUAUUCCUCUAUCUGUGUGAUAAAACAUAGCUUCGAAUGGGACAAAUGAUCCCUAUCUCCUCUGUUAGAAGUGUCGCGUGGGACGCCCGCGUCCAGGUUCAGCCUUUGCUAAGCCCCAAUUGGGACAAAUGAUCCCUGUCUCCUGUGGUAAAAGUGUCGCGUGGGACGCCCGCGUCCAGGUUCAGCCUUGGUUGAAAGCCCAUCGGGACAAAUGAUCCCUUUUUAAACACAAAGAGGUGCCAGGCUGGACGAGACUGUCCAGGUCUGCGCCGGCGUUGAACGGCCAUAUGGCCCAUGGUCCAACUCUGGGUAUUUGCAGGUGUCUCCCGGGACGGCUCGGUCCUUUGGGCUGCAUAAAGAGGUCGGAAGAGGGCUGCCCAAAAGCGG